UAUAUCCUUAAUAGUCGAUUCGCUCGAAGAUAUGAUUUGUAUUCGAAUCACCAAUAUGUCUAUCUUUCUCAUACGCAUGUAAACCCCCGUAUCACUGUUUUUUUUUCGCUCUCAUACCAGGUACAAUAUAUUAAAAAUGCAAGAGAGACAUAUUUCUGAGAUAAAGCAUGUCAAAUAGGGUAACAGCAUAAGCAGUGACUAUGCUUCCAUCGGUGUCAAGUUAGAGAGAUGAAGUACAUAUGUUGUAUAUCUAUAUAUAUACAUAUAAGUAAGCUGUGGAUAUACAUUUAAUUUAUUUCAAGUUGCGUUUAACUUAAGUCUCUAGACUUCAAGUCUUAAAAAAAAAUAAUACAAGACAUUUACUCUCACAUCCGUGCUAACAGAACAAUGGUCUCGUAAUAUUUUUUAACGAUACAGCUCAUUAACACCUAAUGGCAGUAGUUAUCAACCCUUUCUCGCGCUCAGAGCGUAAUACACAUUUCUACGAGUUCGAAGAUAAAGUACCCGAUAGUAACCGAAGCAGAAUUGUGGGUCAUGGGAGUUUGCUUGGAGUAACGUAUUGCUAAUAAUUUCAUUAUCUCGUUAGACGUAACAAAUUUAGAAAGACAUCGCACUGCAGGAAGCGAUGGAAAAAGGAAAAAGGUUUGUGAAUGCUGCAUAACUAGCUGCCAAGAUGUUACAUCGGUCCUACAGUUUGUUGAACUUCAUACGACGCAACGUCAGUUGCUAUCACACGGAGCAGUUUUAUAUAUUUCAAAUAGAAUCAGCUAAGCGACAUGCCAGUAUCCUAAUAACGCCCAAGUGUGGUGUUCACCAUAGGCUCUAUAUGUUCUCCAACACUUCCACGGCAUGGAUAAUCAAGAACAUAGAUAACACUACUUGGUGCUCUACAAGGACUAUCUCCGAUGAUGUACAAUCUAAAAGUGAAGACUUGAAGAAUAAAAACAAAAAAAAAGAUGGUGAAGUACAACAGCGAGUCAUCGAAUUAACUGAGGAUAAGUUGGGGCACCUAAAGGAGAGAGUUCUUGAUGUUAAGUCUACUAAAUUGGAAGAUGAUAGUGAUAAGAAAACAGAUCAAAAAGAAAAAUCUAAAGAAGCUGUUAAAGAGAUUAAAAAAGAUGAACAACCUCUUAAGAAAGUUUUUAUAGUUGCAGCCAAAAAAAGAGUGCGAGUUGAUUUGUCUGCAUCUUCACUUGAAAGAAAUUUCAUUACUCCCGUACGCGCAAUGGCUGACUUUUUAUUAAAACCAUCUGACCUUGAAACACUACCAAAAACAAAGAGAAGAUCCCCAUACGAACUGGAGCCACCAAUAACAGUAUAUUGGCGCAAAGACGUAGAAGCUAAGGCCCUAGAAGUGUGGGGAUCGCGCGAAGCUUUACUCAAGGAACUUUUAAAAAAAGAACUAGAACGUAAGACCUAUCAGCAAAAAUAUCAAGACAAUACUAUCAUUUCUGCAGAUGUAUUUACCGUCAAACGAAGAUUACGCGAUUAUAGGCGAGAAAUGGGUUUUAAUCCAGAAGCUCAUUUCGAGGAGGGACUGUUUGGUAGAUCUGGUAGAGUAGUCUUAACGGCAAUCAUUAUAAACGCUAGUAAUUUCUUAUUUAAAGUUUUCGCCUGGCUCCAUACCGGGUCGCAUAGUAUGUUUUCCGAGUGUAUCCACUCUGCAGCUGAUACUUGCAAUCAGUUAAUCCUAGCUUACGGAAUUCAUAAAUCUGUUCAGAAUCCAAAUCCGGAUCAUCCUUACGGCUAUACAAACAUGAAGUACGUGUCGUCGCUAAUAUCCGGUGUCGGAAUAUUCUGCGUGGGUACUGGUUUGUCCGUGUAUCAUGGAAUCCAUGGUAUACUAUUUCCGGCCCCAGUGGAGUCCUUUUAUUGGGCUUACUUCAUUCUGGGAGGAUCAUUAGUAUCUGAAGGCGCAACUUUAUUAGUAGCAAUAAAUUCAAUUAAGAAAGGUGCCGAGGAAAAGCAUAAGAGUUUCAAGGAAUACGUCGUGGGGGGGCAAGAUCCUUCUGUCAAUGUAGUUCUUUUGGAAGAUCUGGCAGCUGUAAUCGGGGUUGUCUUCGCCGCUUCUUGCAUGGGUCUCACUUCCUAUCUGGGGAAUCCGAUGUUCGAUGCUAUUGGCUCUUUGCUAGUUGGUGGUCUUCUAGGUGGAGUAGCGUCCUUCAUAAUUUAUACAAACGUAGCUGCACUAGUGGGACGCAGCAUACCUCAAGAAAGCCUCGAUAAGAUAAACGCCGAACUGGAGUCUGAUAUCAUGGUUCGUGCGAUUCAUGACGUUAAAGGAAUAGAUAUGGGCAACAGUUUGGUGAGAUACAAGGCUGAACUAGACUUUGACGGUAGAGAACUCACUAGAUCGUACCUGGAUAAACAUGAUCUCAAUGCAAUGCUUGAGGAAGUAAAAAAGAUGCAAAAUAUCGAUGAGCUUGAAUUAUUUUUGUUGAAACAUGGUGAGAAUAUAGUGGAUAUGCUUGGUGGUGAGAUUGACAGAAUAGAAUUAAAGUUAAAGAAAAAUCAUCCAGAAAUUAGACAUUGUGAUCUAGAGAUCUUAUAAAGACCUUGGCUAGAAGCUGCUGAAGAUUUAAAGCCACUCGAUGUAAAUACAUAAUUUCAAAUUAUUAUAAUGUAGUUCUAGAUGCUCAGCCUACUGGCUUUUGUUGCAUAAUUAUGACAAGCAAGUCUAUGAAGUUUUGUAAUAACUCUCGCUUUAAUAAAGCUGCCUAUCGAUAAAUUAUA